AAAGUGAGUGAGAAGGUUGGAGGAGCUGAAGGAACCAAGCUCGAUGAUGACUUCAAAGAGAUGGAGAGGAAAGUGGAUGUUACCAGCAGGGCUGUGAUGGAGAUAAUGACAAAGACAAUCGAAUACCUUCAGCCCAAUCCAGCCUCCAGAGCUAAGCUCAGCAUGAUCAACACGAUGUCAAAAAUCCGUGGCCAGGAGAAGGGGCCGGGCUACCCGCAGGCGGAGGCGCUGCUUGCAGAGGCCAUGCUCAAGUUCGGAAGGGAGCUUGGAGAGGAAUGCAAUUUCGGUCCAGCACUUGGUGAGGUGGGGGAGGCCAUGCGGGAGCUUUCAGAGGUGAAAGACUCGUUGGACAUGGAAGUAAAGCAGAACUUCAUUGACCCCCUUCAGAACCUUCAUGACAAAGAUCUGAGAGAAAUUCAGCAUCAUCUAAAGAAGUUGGAAGGUCGACGCCUGGACUUUGAUUACAAGAAGAAACGACAAGGCAAGAUUCCAGAUGAAGAGCUUCGUCAAGCUCUGGAGAAAUUUGACGAGUCCAAAGAAAUAGCAGAGUCAAGCAUGUUUAAUCUCUUGGAGAUGGACAUUGAACAGGUGAGCCAGCUCUCUGCACUUGUGCAAGCCCAGCUGGAGUACCACAAACAGGCAGUGCAGAUUCUGCAGCAAGUCACUGUCAGACUGGAGGAAAGGAUCAGACAGGCGUCAUCGCAGCCUCGGCGGGAAUACCAGCCGAAACCAAGAAUGAGCCUGGAGUUUCCCGCUGGAGACAGCACUCAGCCCAAUGGGGGUCUCUCGCACACCGGCACCCCCAGACCUGCGGGUGCCCCCAUGGAUCAGCCCUGCUGCCGAGCGCUGUACGACUUUGAACCUGAAAAUGAAGGGGAGCUGGGCUUUAAGGAGGGUGAUAUCAUCACACUCACUAACCAGAUCGAUGAGAACUGGUAUGAGGGGAUGCUUCAUGGCCAGUCGGGCUUCUUCCCCAUCAAUUAUGUAGAGAUUCUGGUUGCCCUGCCCCAUUAGGAUGUUACGCUGGCUGGCUCACCUCCUUCUGACCCAGGUAGCUCAGUUUAACCACUGCUUUGGUAAUGCUGCUUACAACACAUCUUGGGUGCAGGCUGCAGUGGACCAAGUGAUCAAGGCCCACUCUUGUCUUGGGUUGACUUGUGUGCGCCCACUGGAGUCAUGGUGAUGGGCGGUAUCUUCUGAGCCUGGUGAGCAUGGCAUGUGCUUCUGAACACCAUCUGAGACUAGCCAGCGGUCACAGAACUGCUGUUUACAUGGCUCUCAGGAGGCUGUGGUUUUUAGAAUAUGACCAUGAGCCACAUCAUAGAAAAAACAUCCUACUGGAAGAUAUUGUCUAUCACCCAGAGGCCAUAUCAAGAUCGCAAGUUCUCCAUUCACGGAGGAGAAAGUUCUUGCUUUCACAUUGUCCCUUCCCAAAUAUGUGAGUCAGAAUUGUCAAACAAAUCCUCCCUCACCAGCAAAUUUUCUUCUGGUCUAAGUGAGUUAGUCUCUUGAUGCCAGCAAUAGAAAAGUAUUAAUUGUGGAUUGAAAUCAUUCUUGAAAAUAGCACCUUUGUUCAUCCCACUUAUGCCUACUUCUGCGGUACAGCCAGUUUUAUUCGCUCUGUGUUAUUAAAGCUAGAGAUGAGAUUCUCAUUUAUUUCUAAAUAUGACAGCAAUCAGCAUAUGAAAUAGGUUGGAGAGAAGAAGUCCUCCAUGAUGAGGAACUGGGAAGAGAUCUUGUUUCCCAGCUUAAAUUUCUUGCUGUACAGAAGCCAUGUAUAUAUUUAGGUAUUUCUGAAGGUUAAGGGAAGGGAGACAACCAUCUUCUCUUAAGUUUUAUUUAUGAAUUGUGUUUCAUGAAUCUAUUUGGCACAAAGAAAUAAGGAGAAAACACCAGUAACCAGUUUCCCACUACUUCGUAGACCAAGAAACAGUAAAUGUCUUUCACUUUUACCUUGUGUUCCUUGAACAUUGUUUUGUGCAUAUUCUGCCCUCAAUGAGGACCAAAUGAAGAUGAUUUUUGUGCUUAGCAGUUUAAGGUUUGUGGCUGCAAAUACCUUCCCAAUUCAGUUGUUACUUUUUGAUCUGUUCUUUCUAUCCCACCUUCAUUUUGUGUGUACAGUGCUGUGUGUAAGCUUAUCAGUGUUGGGGUUUUUCUAUGUCAUGAAAGUCCUGUUAGGUAUCCAGAGUUCUAUUUAUCUAGCUAUACAGACUCUCCGAGAGGUUUAAUGUGCUGCUUCCAAUGUGCCACCUGCGGUAGUGGAUCAUGUGGAGUAAAAGGCAAAUCUUACUGCUUACUGUAUAGACUCACCAUGGGAAGCAUCGCUGUUUCCAAUAAAUAUUGCUGAGAACAAAA